AUGAAACCGCAACCGAUAUGCCGAAUUUGUUACCUCCUGGAUUUGGUGCUGCCGCUCUACGAGUCCGUUGGGUUCGACAACAACAUCGAGGACUCUUUCUUGGAGCAAAAAAAGAGGAAAAUAGCCGUGACAUGGGCUUGCAGACUGGGCCACAAGGACUGCCUCGAGAAAGCGCUCACUCUCUACAGGCACUGGAUGUCACAGCCGGACAAUUCGAGCAUCAUUUCGCCAAACCUUAAACCUGUGGUGUUCUGUCGCGCCAUCGCCGAGGGCGGGGAGGCCGAGUGGGACUUCGCGUGGGACCAGUACGUUACUUCCAGCGUCGCUACCGAGAAAAGGCUUCUUCUCAGAUCUAUGUCCUGCUCGAAGCAGACUUGGAUCCUAUCUAGGUACGUCGUCUUGCCUGUGUGUGAGAGAGGGUGGCGGGUGGGAGAGGCAGGGCGAGUGUCGGGGGAAGACAAGGGUAUGGUGCUGCACUUGUGGAUUGCACAAUGGCCAAGGGGCGCCAAGACCACGGCUAAAUCCAGAACUGCUGAACUGAAACCGAUAUUGGCUUUCUUCUCGUGGAAGGAGACCACUUUGGACCACCUUGAAUCUCUGGCGAUAUAG